UGGCCAGUGUUCCGAGCUCGUUUCCAUGGUAACUUUGGGGUUCAGGAACAUGAGCGAAUUAGUAUGCAUCAGCGCGUAGGUCCCCCAGUGCUUAUCAGUUGUUAGAUAGCCCAUGUUCAUGUCGGCAGCCAAAUUCGGUUUUUACAUUCUGUGACCGAGUGGAAAGUACAGAUCUACUUUAACGGAUCAUAUUUCUCAAUAAAUAAAUAUAUAUAAAGAUCAAACUGUGAAGAAAGAUUCGCUCGCAAUCUCGUUGCUGCUAUGAAAGCAUUUCUAGGUGACGAUGUCAUUUAAUAUGAUAGUAAAUCAUAAUCUUGCGUGUUCAUCCAAAAUGAAUAUUUAUUUUGCUUGGUUCCUGAUCUUCAACAUUAUAAUGUUUCUCGCGCUGUCUGUAUCUCUGCCAAUAUUGAGCAGCAGCUCGAGCUGCAGUACUAUUACCACUUGUGAUCCGUUUCUGCCUGUCUGCGCAUCGUCGACAAAUGAGCACCAGUUCUUCUACAGCAAUUGUGAAAUGUUGCGGGAUGCCUGUCUUACGGGAAAGGAUUGGAAACCGGAUUACUUCAAUCACUGCAAUGUCAGUAAACUUUAGUCGUUUGUAUAAGUUAAAC